AUGUCAACCGCGGAGAAAAUCGAAUCUCGCCAACAGGAGUCGCAGGCUCCGUGUGACGACGAGCUCAAGCCACGAGUCCACUGUGUGGUGAAAGAUGGCGAUGACGCCCUCGCCAUACUCCAUUCGCGUUUCGAGCCGUACACGAAGGAGGAAGAAGAACGGCUCCUCCGAAAGAUUGACAUUCGCCUAGCGCUGUUGAUGCUGUUCGUCAAUGGCAUCCAAUUUGUGGACAAGUUGACCAUCUCGCAGGCCGCCACCUACGGUCUGGUCAACGAAGCUCAGCUCGUAGGCCAGGAGUUUUCGCUGCUCAUCACCAUCUUCUACAUCGGGUACCUGGUGGCACAAUACCCGACCAAUUAUCUCAUGCAACGCUUCCCGAUCGGUCGGUACAUCACGGUCAACUUUGUCUUGUGGGGCGUCACCCUGACCUGCAUGGGUGCCUGCACCAGCUUCGCACCGUUCAUGGUCACCCGGUUCCUCCUCGGCGUCUUCGAGUCGUGCCUGAACCCAGGCUUGAUCCUGAUCACGUCGUCCUGGUGGAAGCGCGAAGAGCAGCCUGCUCGGAUCGCGAUUUGGUUCUGCGCCAGUGGCGUCAUCUCCAUUCCCACCGGCUUCAUCUUCUACGGCGUCGCCCACAUGCAUGCACGGGGCCUCUUCCCGUACCAGUGGAUGUUUAUCUUCUUCGGCGUCUUCACCGUCUGUUUUGGGCUAGCCCUGUGGUACUUGUUGCCGGACUCUCCCGUCACAGCGAGGUGGCUCAACGACCGGGAGCGCCUCAUCGCCGUGGAGCGGCUCAAGUCCAACAACACCGGGGUUAAGAACACUCACCACAAGUGGCCCCAAGUCAAGGAGGCACUGGGUGAUUUGAAAGUGUGGAUGCUGGUCGCUGGUGUCUUUGUCCACAACAUGACCAACAGCCUCCAGACCAACUUCACCGGCCUGAUCAUUAAGGGAUUCGGCUACACGACAUAUCAGGCGGUCCUACUCAGCAUCCCUCCGGCCGCCAUCGUUGCUGUUACCGUCCUGGUCGUUUCCUUCUUCCUGUCUUCCAAAUACGGCGAGGGCAAACGCAUCUUCGCCAUCAUCAUUUGCUAUAUUCCGGGCGUCAUCUCAUGUGCAAUCCUACAUGCCUCGCCUUUGAAUGAGAAUACGAAGGGCGUCCACCUUUUUGCCGUCUUCUUCAUCGGUUGUGUUGCCGCGAGUGCCGGCAUCAUGUACUCCCUCCUAUCCUCCAACAUUGCCGGGUACACCAAGAAGACGGUUUCGGGGACUCUCUAUUUCAUCAGCUAUUGCGUGGCAAACAUCGUAUCUCCUCAGACAUUCAUAGCCACCCAGGCCCCGCGCUACACCACAGGCAUCAUCGUCUCAUUGACAGCCUUCUGUGUCAACAUUUGCCUCUUUGCCGGCCUGUAUAUGAUCUACACAGUUGAAAACAGGCGACGGGAUAAGUUGGACGAAGGGCGGGCCUGUCAAGACGAGACUCGGGAGUUGAUUGAUGCUUUUAGCGACCUGACGGACGGCGAGAAUAAGAAGCUCAGAUAUAAACUCUGA